ACCUUGGCAUCUGGGCUGGAGCCCAGCACGGCUUGGGGCGAGCAGCAGGAGCCUGAGGGGGCCAGGGAGGGCCAGCAGAGGCCACCCGGUGCUGGUGGCUGCAGCCUGGCUUCAGCCUCAUCCCCAGCACAGCAGGAGAAGCAUCUUCAGUGCCCCAGAAGCAUCUGGGGUAUCCCCUGGCCAGGUAGGGAAGCCUGACAGGAUCCAUCCCCCUCGCCCAGAGCUGCCCCAGGAGCACGGCAGCAGGUGAUGGCCAUCAUGAGACCGGGCCCUGAAAAUGCCUCCUCAGAGCCCCAGCUGGACCUGGGGAAGAAGAUGAGCACAACACAGGACCUGAUGAUCGAGGAGCUCUCCCUGCCCAACAACCGCGGCUCCCGGCUCUUCCAGCAGCGCCAGAAGCGCGUGCAGCGCUUUGUCUUUGAGCACCCCAGCAGCUCCAGGCAGCUCCCAGGGCAAGGGGCAGGCGGCUCCCACCACACUGGGAAAGGUGGUCCAGAAGGAGCAGUGAAUGAGCACAUGGCAGGUGAGAAUGCUGGGGGCCAGAAUUAUCACUCCGAGCUCCACGUAGCAGCAUCACCCCAAGGGGGCCCCCCAGAAGUACCCAGGAAGUCAGAGAAGGUCCUGCACAUGAGCAAAGUGCUGAACCCCAGUGCCCUGGCCCCAGGGUACUCCAGCCCCCUCAAAGAGAUCCCCCAUGAGAAGUUCAAUGCCACUGCCAUCCCCAAGGGCUACCGCUCCCCGUGGCAGGAGCUGUUUGGUGACAGGGACAAUGCUGUGUACAGCAAGAACCCGCCGCCCAUGAGAGCCCCUGCGUGGGACUUCAGGAGCUUCAACAGGACCCCAGCCCCGUUUGACAGGGCGUUGGUUGGUGAGCUGUUCUCCCUGCCCACCGUGGAGCUGGAUAACCUGAGCGUGCUGGAGGUGAUUUCCCACAGGCCCAACUUCAACAGGGUGGCCCAAGGCUGGGUGCGGAUCCUGCCGGAGAGCGAAGAGCUGUAGGACGUGUUCCCUUCCCCAUGGCCACGGAUGGCUCCCUCACUGGACUCAGACAUGCUCACAGGAGAGGGGAGGGAGGGCAGGAAUCCUCCAUGGAAGCUCAGCUGGUGGGCUUGGGUUGUCAUCUUUGAGUGGGGCUUGAAUGAGCUCGAGUGUGGGACCAUUCUGAGCUCCCCUUGCAGUCAGUGCCAAGCCAACCAGCCAAGCCCUGGCUGUUAAUCCAGCAGAUCCUGCAAGCUCCCAUAGAGCCUGUCCUCUCCCCUGCCUCAUGGAAAACAGCAGCACCACCAGCUGCAACACACCAAGGCUGCCUCACUGCAUCCUCACUGGCACACGAGACCUGCACGCACACCUGGUGCUUUUGCAGAGCAAUUCCAUCUUCAGGACAGCUCUGCAUCUGUCAUUGCAGUCAGGACACAGAGAGGAGGUGAUAAUGGAAGAGCAAUAAUAAAACAAGUUACCUGAGGCACUGGCAUGUUUAAAGUACCUACCUUGAGCUUGGCUGGACAACAACAAAUGUUUACCAAUACAGCACAGCCAUGAUAGAGGGGAGAGGAAUGCUGGGAGUUGGAAACUUGUGCUCUGUUUUCCAGAAGCUACUGGCUAGCACUUGGCAGCUAUUUCCCCUUCCUACUGCUCUUUGCAUGUCUUGCUUGAACAUCUAAUCCAGGCUCUCUGAGUGACUUAUGACAGGUUUGCUUCAUGUAGUUGGUCAGUGAUCAGGCCCUGCAGAACCACAGCAGUGUGAGGAUGUGCCAGGGUGUUCUGGUAACUUCCACACCAGUGGGAAGGAAAAGCAGCACAGCUGUGCCUCCAGAGCAAGCACAGGCUUUCUUGGGAAUGUGGAAAUCAGCAGUGAGGAUCCAACUACACCAACAUUUCUAGCAGUGACACACAGUGGGACAUGCAGCUAACAACAGCUACAGUCACCAGAAUACCCGGGGAACCCCAUUCACAAAAACCUCUGACUCAACACAGGCUUCCUUCAACUGCUUUUGUCAGGUUCUUAACAUUACCCUUUCUUAUACUCCCAAAAGCACAAGGAUAAAAGUUCCUUUUUCCACCACUGUGGUUAAAUGGGGCAAGUACACGUGGUAAAAUUGCAGUUAGCAGCUGCCUCAUUUGUGAAGUUUGUAACGCUGUGCAGAGCAAACCCCACGCAGGGAUUCUGCUGCCACAACACAUCAUUCAGGUGGGAAGCUUUCAUUACUCAGUUUCCCACAGAAGCAGGAGGGGGAAAGCAAGCAGAAAGAAAAAUGGUUUGUUCCUUAGAAACAAUAAAUCUGUGAUGUUUAAUUGCUGCUCUGUUCCAGUUCCAUUUCUCUCCUCUUUGUCCAGCAUCUGCAGAAUCUAGGCACUCUGGGUUACUGGCUGGUUACUGGAAAUAAUAAAUAAAUUGGGAUGAUGUGAA